AUGAAAAUUAAAAAGCUUCUGUUGGCCGCCCUGGCGCGGCUGAGGUGUACGUACACUCGAAGAAGAGAGGCAAACUGCUUCCUUCUUAAUUUCGGCAGCAGCAGCAGCAGCUGCUGCUGCUGCUGCAGCAGUAGCAACGCCAGCAACAGCGGCAGCAGCAGCAGCAGCAAGCAGCAGCAAACACGCAACCAACAGCUGCUGCAGCAGCAACAGCAACACCAGAAACAGCGGCAGCUGCAGCGGCAACAGCAGCAGCAACAGCUGCAGCAACAGUUGCAGCAGCAGCAACAGCUGCAGCAGCAGCAGCAGCAGCAGCAACAGCAGCGGAAGCACCCCCAGGCCCCCAGGAAAAUGCGCCUUCUUACUCAUAAUCUUUUGAUGUGCAACCGCCGCCAGUGCUCGGGGGGCUAUCCUUUGAAGAUAAAGUUAGCUGAAGAUGCUGCUGCUGCUGCUGCUGCUGUCAAGGAGGAGACGCAGCUGCAGCGGCAGCUGCUGCUGUCGCUGCUGCAGAAGCUGGACUGGGGGGCCUUGAGGCAAACUGCAGCAGAGCUUGGCAUCGACCUCCCGCCCACUGUCUCCGAGAGCGACAAAAACGACGACAAUUUCUUGAGAGCUUUUCAGUCAGCAGUUCUGGACCUGGACAUCAUGGAAGGCACCCUGGUCUGCCCCUGCUGCCAAAGAGAAUAUCCCGUCUCUAAAGGCAUUCCAAAUAUGCUGCUGCAGGACGAUGAACAGCAGCGGCAGCCGCAGCAGCUUUUGCUGCAGCUGCAGCAGCGUUUCCUGCAGCAGCAGCAGCAGCAGCCGCAGCAACUUCUGCUGCACCAGCAACGGCAGCAGCCUCUGCUGCUGCAGCAGCAGUCGCAGCUGCAGCAGCAGCAGCAGUCGCAGCAGCUUCUCGCUGCAGCGGCAGCACCCGCAGCAGCUUCUUGCUGCAGCGGCAGCAACCCCAGCAGCUUCUUGCUGCAGCAGCAGCAGUAG